GCGCUUGCGGAGUGGGAAGGCGGGGGCGCGGCGGUGGCGGGAUCGUCCCUGGUCUCCGCCCCUGUUUCCCACUCUCCUUCCACCUCCGACCGGCUGGGGCUCCGGAGAGGCACCGCUUGCCCGUCCCUCGGAGCCGCCCUGCUGUCGCUGUCGCCGCCUCCUCCCUCCGCUCGCGGUGAGCCCGUCAGUCCCUGUACUGUGUGCUCCUCCGUCUGGGCCAUGGAUGGUGUUGUUACAGAUCUUAUAGCAGUCGGUUUAAAGCGGGGAUCUGAUGAGCUUCUUUCUUCUGGCAUCAUUAACGGACCUUUUACCAUGAACAAUUCUACCCCUUCUACAGGUGUGUAUGCUAAUGGGAAUGACAACAAGAAAUUUAAAGGAGAUAGACCUCCCUGUUCACCUUCCCGUGUUCUCCAUCUUCGCAAAAUUCCAAGUGAUGUCACCGAAGCAGAGGUCAUAUCAUUAGGUCUACCAUUUGGCAAAGUAACUAAUCUUUUGAUGUUGAAAGGAAAAAGCCAGGCUUUCUUAGAAAUGGCUUCUGAGGAAGCUGCUGUUACUAUGGUGAAUUAUUACACUCCUUUUACUCCUCACCUUCGAAGCCAGCCUAUUUUUAUUCAGUAUUCCAAUCACAGAGAACUUAAGACUGACAAUCUGCCUAAUCAAGCUAGAGCCCAAGCUGCCCUGCAGGCUGUCAGCGCUGUCCAGUCGGGAAGUCUGGCCCUUCCUGGAGCCCCUACCAAUGAAGGCACAAUCCUCCCGGGGCAGAGCCCUGUGCUCCGAAUCAUUAUUGAAAAUCUCUUUUACCCCGUUACUCUGGAAGUUCUUCAUCAGAUAUUUUCUAAAUUUGGCACAGUCUUGAAAAUUAUCACCUUUACAAAGAAUAAUCAGUUUCAAGCCUUGCUUCAGUAUGCUGACCCAUUGAAUGCACAAUAUGCCAAAAUGGCUCUGGAUGGCCAGAAUAUCUAUAAUGCAUGCUGCACUCUGCGUAUUGACUUCUCCAAGCUCACCAGCCUUAAUGUGAAAUAUAAUAAUGACAAAAGCAGAGACUUCACUCGCUUAGACCUUCCUACUGGUGAUGGCCAUCCAUCCCUUGAACCCCCUAUGGCUGCUGCUUUUGGUGCACCAGGUAUAAUUUCCUCACCAUAUGCAGGGGCUGCUGGAUUUGCCCCAGGCAUUGGAUUUCAAGCUACAGGUUUAUCAGUCCCAGGUGUUCCUGGAGCUCUCGGUCCUCUCGCAAUCACCUCCUCUGCUGUCACUGGAAGGAUGGCCAUUCCUGGGGCUAGUGGUAUACCGGGAAAUUCUGUCCUGCUUGUCACCAAUCUCAAUCCUGAUUUUAUCACACCACAUGGGCUUUUUAUCCUAUUUGGAGUAUAUGGUGAUGUGCAUCGAGUGAAGAUUAUGUUUAAUAAGAAAGAAAAUGCCUUGGUUCAGAUGGCCGAUGCAAAUCAAGCUCAGCUAGCAAUGAACCAUCUGAGCGGUCAGAGACUUUAUGGGAAAGUGCUUCGUGCUACACUGUCCAAACAUCAAACAGUUCAGCUUCCUCGAGAGGGACAAGAAGACCAAGGCCUGACUAAGGAUUUUAGCAAUAGUCCUUUGCAUCGCUUUAAAAAGCCUGGCUCUAAAAACUUCCAGAAUAUUUUUCCACCGUCAGCCACUCUGCAUCUUUCCAACAUCCCCCCUUCUGUUACGAUGGAUGAUCUGAAGAAUCUUUUCACAGAAGCUGGAUGUUCAGUGAAGGCUUUUAAAUUCUUUCAGAAAGAUCGCAAAAUGGCCCUUAUCCAGUUGGGGUCUGUGGAGGAAGCAGUCCAAGCCCUCAUUGAGCUUCAUAACCAUGACCUUGGAGAGAACCACCACCUCAGGGUUUCCUUCUCAAAAUCUACAAUCUGAGUUGUUUGUGAAUUUUUCUGCUAAGACUGGACCAUAAUUUCAGUAAAAUGUUCAGACAUAGACUGAAGCAGCUCAAGACCAAUUCUGCCUCUUACAAAAAUAAUUCUUUCUGAGUUUGAUAUUCAAGUAUAUUCAAAAAAUUAAGGGAUGUUCUCUCUCCCACCCCCCACCAAUAUGUGAUCAAAGAUUUAUUUUUCGUUUUUACCACAGUUUCUAUGAAAAUAAUCUUCAGGAAAAAAAAAAUCAGGAAAAAUUUUUCAAUAAUUUAAUUCGCCAUAUUAAAUUGGAUUUCAAGAGGACAGACUCUUUUAGUUUGGGUACAGAUCAGCCUUAUACAUUUCUAAACUCCUUUGUACUUUAAAAAAUUUAAACAUACAAACUUUUAAAAAUAUUUGAUGUAAGUAAUUUAAAUUCCUUACAACCAAGUUUUUAACUUUAUGAUUCGAAAGUUCGACCCCCCCCCGUAGGAAAUUAUGUUCACUUAUAAAUUAUAUCAAUUAUUUGGCAUAUAUUGAUAGCUAUUAUACAUAAACAAAUUGGGUUAUAUUUGAAGCAGAUUUAUAAACCUGCAUGUUUUCUUUCAAUGGUUUCUUUUUUUUUCGCUGUAAGACACUCCUUUGAAUAUUGCAUAUCUUUAACUUUUUAAGACUAUUUGGAGAAAUGAAGUGUCUCAACUGACCCCAAGGAAAUUAAGUGGAAUACAGCCAGGAUGUAUUAAGGUGUCAGAAUAAUUAAUAAUUUUAUUAGGAAAAAAUCAUGUUUUAAAUUUGAAAAUGACACUUAUUUGUUCAGUAAGAUAAUCUUGGAAAAUUAAAAAAAUAAUUGUACUUAUAAACUAAUUUUUUAUAAUUGUUUUCAGAAAAAAGUUUACAGUCUUAAGGAAAAUAUUCAGGUCUAUCAUAUGGUUUGACAGAUUUUUUAAAGUUAUUUUUGGUAAGGUCUUCUUUUAGAAAAAAAUUAAUCUCAAGGGUUUUUUGUACCACUAUAAUCUGUAAUACUUAUUCAGAAUUACUGUGUAUUUACUUAAUUUCUUAUUAUGUGCCUUAUUAUGUGCUUAUGAUAUGAUAGGUUAGAGUUUUAUCUAAGUAUCUUGGAAAGAUAUAUUGUGGGCUUGGUGAGCAUUUGUUUUUUCUUUCCCUGUUUUGGUAAGCAUUUUAAAGUUUUUUUCAUUGCAAUUUUAAGUGGUUUUCAAUAAGUAAUAGUUUUUAUUCAAAUUUAUGGUGCUUUGGUGCAGAGAUUGGGUGGGGAAGGGUAAAUGGUUUGGGGAAUAACUCAGUGCACACCUGUAGGCCUCUUUAUAUUGUGACCAACAGCGGUCAUUGCCAGGUAUAGCAACCAAUUUGGGGCUAUGAAAUGCAAUCUUAGUUUCUGGAUCUUGUGUCAUCUUUAUCAUCCAUUAGAAUUUGUCUCAGGAUUACUUGUUUUUUCUCAGUACUCAAGUGAGAGCUUGCUUUUCUGUUAAUAUAACUUCAUUACUGAGUGCCCACAUACAUACAUGGAGUAUGAGAAGAUGGGCUUCUUCUCAGACUCUGUCACUCUCUUUUUGGUUGAAUGUAAGAGUACUUGUUAAUGUUGCUUUGGUGAUUGUAUAAUGUAAAAUUGUUUCUUUUUGAUGAAAAACUGUGCUUUUGUUAAUUAUUCCCUUAAUGCUUGAUCACAUUUUUUUAAAAGAAGAAUUUGUCAAAAGGAACAUUUUUGUCCACUCCUUUAACACUUUUCAGAUUCUCAGAGUGGCUCAUCUCACAUUUUAAAAAGAUAUCUCACUCUCUUUGCUACGUAUAUUCCAGCCAUUAAUUUGAACACAGAAAGGUUUCUACAAAAGAAAUUUUACUAGAAAUCAGAGACUACAAAAGAUAUUUUAGGCUGUUGGAAAGCAGAAUUCACUCAAUACUGCCCACCAGUUAGUGGUGGAAUAAAUAGGAAGGAGGACACGAAAAUGAGACCUGCCAAGCACAUCAAGUUAGCGUUGGCUAAAUCGAUAGGUGUCAUCUUUUAUCAAGUUGUUUUUUCACUUAGGAAAUGUGUUUUUAGCCAAACACUGAGUAAGGAGGAGGAAAAUGUUUUUCUUUGAGAACUUUCCAAAAUUGGCUUCUUUUUUCUUUCUUACAAGCACUAUUAUAAUUUUCAGUGGCAUGUUAAAUUGGAUUAUUUCAUUUGCUUUGAGUAAAGAAUUACUGUGUAAUUAUAAGACAUGAUUCUCACAACAUUCAGUGUAAGUGUAGCAAAAGUGUAGCAGGAAGGAGGUCAUAAUGGUGUUGAAUGUAAUUUAAAGUAGAGCAUGGCCUUUAAAUCUGAGAAAGAACAUUUGAAUCCUUUUCAGGGAUUUGUGUAUGUGUGUGUAUAGAUAAGUGUGUAUAUAUAUACAUACACUCUUCUAAUGUUGUACAUACAUAUGCACAUUACAUACAUUUUAAUUUAUUGACAAAAUCAAAUUAAGAUUUGGAAAAGUGAGAUAUUCUUAUUUAAAAUAGUGUGCUUAACACCAUCAAUUUGUGUCUGAAAUUAGCUGUAGCAUAUGGAUGUUGUCCAUACUGCGCUAUUUGCUGUCUGAAUUCUAGAGGUCUACAGUAUUUGUGUUGGCAUAGUUUCUGUAAAAAGAUUUAAAAAUACCAGCGUAGUUGAAAAACUAGAUCUUUGUAUUUUUGUUUUACAUUGCAUUUAUUAGGCAUAUCUUCUAAGCAGUGUUUUUGCUGUUGAGCUGUCAUACUAUUCUAUUUUUAAUUUUAUUUACUUUAUUUUAAGGAGUAUUGUCUUAUCACUUUUGGAGGUGUCUCGACAUUUACACAAAGUAUAUAUAUUCAGGACUUUCAAAAAAUAGCAGUACAUGUUUAACAGUAGCAAUUUAUGCCAAAAAGUUUUACUUAGAGAUUUAAAUAACUUGCAGAGCAGUAAAAUGUGUUUUGUGUGAGAUACAGAUAGAAAAAUGACCCGAUAUCUUAAUUGAUAACUUACUGGAGAGUAUCAGAAUUACCCAAUAGCACCUACAGAAUGCCAUGAAUUCUUUUUAAGGCUAAAUAUUGUAAUCAUUUCUUUUGUAGUACUAAUGUUUCUGACUUUGUUGUUGAAAAUUGCAGGGCUCACAGUGUUUAGAGACAUAUGUCUGCCUGCCUAAUUCCUAUGGGAGUCGAGCAGUGCCUUCUUUGGCUCCACCUAGGAUGGUGGUCACAGGUCCUGCCUCAGUUAAUUAGAAGUAACUCAUAAAUGUCUCUGUUCAGUUUCAUAUUGACUUUCCAAAGCCUCCGUGUCAUUAGGCUCAAAGUUCAUAUACACAUUGAGUAUGUCGUCAUGUGAUUUCUCUUCUGUUCCCACUGAAUAUUUUUGGACAAAAGACGACAAGCUCAAAAAUAUGUGUUCCCCUCAAUGAGUCACUUAAAAACCCUAAGUUUGCCAAACUGUUAGCCUGUCUCCUAGAAAAACCUACUGUGUACUGCUAUUUUUAAAACCAAAAGACAGCAUGACUAUGCGUGAAAGCAUUUUUCUUAGCCUUUCCUUUGUCUUGAUCUGUUGUUAACAAGAAUAAAACUGCCAGACUUAAAAUAUUCUACUAUUGUGCUAAAAGAAAAACAAUUUAGAUUGCACAAAACUUUUCUUUUAAAGAAAAUAUAACCCAGCUGUCUUUUAAAAGAGCUGUGUUGUUAUUUACAAGACUAUUUGCAGUCUUUUUUUCAGCGCAGAUUCUAACAGCUGGUUGUUAAUGGUUUAAAAAAUAGAAAAUUACUAAAAUAUUAGUUUUGGGGGUUUUAUAGAGGGAGGAAAACAACACGGGACCAAAGCUUAUGUGCCUUCAUUAGUCUUAAUUGACCUUUUCCCAUUUGAGACUGAGGUAGAAUCAGUAUUCUGGUUUUCAGGAAAUAUGAACUAUAUAGUUUUAAAAGAAUGUUAUCCCACAGACUAUUCAUACAAGCAAAGCAUUGUAACUGUGCAGAUGAAAUCUCAGUUACACCUUUGCCUUGAUCACAUGAUAUUCCUUACAUAGCAUCGUGCAGGUCCGAGAACAGCCACUCUGGACCGCUCUGGUAGUCAUCUUAGUUUUUGUAACCUGAGGCAUAUGUUCCAGAGAACAGGGAUCUUUGUCUGGUCCAGUGACCUUGGUGAUCAUAGUCAUGAUUGAAAGCUGCUUAUGGCAAGCUUAAUUCAGCACUGUAAACAGAUUUUUGUUCUUGUGUUAUUUUCAAUUCUUGAAUCUAUGUAGUAGUUGUAAUAACAAAUAUUUAAAUAGCUAUUUUUGAUGUCAUACUCUGGCCUUUCCCGCCCUUACCAUUGUUAACCCAGAUAUUUUAAAAAUGCAUCUCACAUCCAGAAAGUACUAAUUAUAAAGAUUGCUGACCAAGCAAAGUUUUGCAUCAAAAUGUCACCUCAUUGCUCUGACCAAAGACUGACUCCUGGUUUUCACUCCUCUAUUAAGCAUUUUUUCCCAAGCUCCUUUCUGAAAGAAGACCCAAUGUAAAGCGGCCUUUACUUUCUAUUUCCUAUUGGUGAAUAGACUACUUAGAGAAAAUGGGAGUUUAAAUGUGAACAGAAUGGAUUAGGAUGACAAGGGUUUGAUGGGCAUUUUCAGUACUGUAUUUAAGAAAAAAAAAGAGCACAGCUAGGGGCCUCUGACAUUGUCUCAUGCUUUACAUGAUCUGUUCAUUAAAUUCCCUUUUUCAGUUUAUGAGAAUGUUCAUCUAACAGAAGAAAAUGCUGUAAAUAUUUGUAACAUUUUUUUUUAACCAGGCCAAAAAAGAAAAAAAAAAGGUUUUGGGGAACAAGUUAACAUAUAAAGUGGUUUUAUAUAAAACAUCAAUUGUCUUGUAUAUUUUGAUAAGCAGCAGUACCAGCUUUCAUUUGUAACACAGUUUGUGGCAUUGGGGAAAAAAAGGAUUCUGUGAUUGUUGAAGUGAAUUAUGUUAUAAAUGCAAAGAGAAGAUAAAAUAUUAAAAAACCUUUUCUAAAUG